AGAAGAUUUCAGAUCUUUUUGUUGACCGCAUUUCAUUUCUGCUCGUCGGACAAAAAAAAGCGCCGCAAUGCUGUUCACCGCGAGAGGGAGACUGCAGACCCCCAGGAGCUGAUGCGGGGAGCAGACGGUGAAGCUGCAGAGCAGUCUUACCGAAUUGUUUUUAAAAUGUGCAGGAGACCUGCGGCUGCGGGACCCGUGGUGACAGCUGAACGUGAACGAGCGACAGAAGGCGGCGCCGUGGUCUCCCUCUUCAGCACUGGAGCAGGUUUGACCUUUGGUCAUUAACAGCAAUGACAUCACCUACUGCCAGUACACCUAGUGAAGGUGUGCUACCUCAUCCAGCAGGAGUAGCCGGUCUGCCCCAAGAAGUCUGGCGAGGUUCCUUCCCAUCAUCCACUACACGCCACCUCAGUCACAGAGCUAAUAACUUCAAGAGGCACCCAAAACACAGGAAACUGAUCCGACCUUCACCACCUCCACCCCCGAACACGCCAUGUCCUAUCAAGUGCCUGGAUCUAACCGAGAUACCACCUCGCCGCUCCUUCCGUGAACUGCUAUUUAAUGGCUGCAUCUUGUUGGGCAUUGAAUUCAGCUAUGCGAUGGAAACCGCCUAUGUAACACCCAUUCUUCUCCAGAUGGGCCUGCCAGAGCAACUCUACAGCAUGGUGUGGUUUAUCAGCCCCAUACUAGGAUUUCUGCUGCAGCCAGUGCUUGGUGCAUGGAGUGAUCGCUGCACAUCACGGUUUGGGAGACGAAGGCCUUUCAUUUUUGUUCUUUCUAUCGGUGCUCUCCUUGGUCUUUCCCUUCUGCUGAAUGGACGGGACAUUGGAGUAGCAUUGGAAGAUACUCCAACUAAUCAUAAAUGGGGUAUCAUCUUGACAGUAUGUGGAGUUGUAUUGAUGGACUUCAGUGCUGACUCUGCCGAUAACCCAAGCCACGCCUAUAUGAUGGAUGUCUGCAGCCCUGAGGACCAGGAUCGGGGUCUCAAUAUCCAUGCACUACUAGCAGGUCUUGGCGGUGGUUUUGGAUAUGUGGUGGGGGGUAUAAACUGGGAUGGGACACAGUUUGGGAGGUCCCUUGGGGGUCAGCUGAGGGUGGUCUACCUCUUUACUGCUAUCACCCUGUCUGUAACAACAGCAUUGACCCUCACCAGCAUCCCAGAGCGCCCCCUUGUCCAGUCUCAAGGCAUGAAUCAUAAAAACAUUCUGAAGAGCCCCAACUUGGCCCUACCACCUUCACCUCCAGCUAGGCCUGGGGACGAGGACCCCUUGAACAGCAGCCCACAGCCCAGUACCUUGCAUCCACCACAGGACCUCCACACCAUUAAGCUGUAUGCCAGUCUAACGAGCCCCAUCUCACCCUUCAGCCCUCUCACUCCAAAAUAUGGAAGCUUCAUCAGCCGAGACAGUUCCCUUACUGGCAUCAAUGAAUUUGCGUCUUCAUUUGGAACUUCCUACAUUGAUAGCGUACUAAUAGACUGUUGCACUGGACCACAGGACGACAAUUAUUUAUCCAUAACUGAAGCCACGCCUGUCCUACAUAGUGAUGCCAGUCAGAGUGGCAGCCUGCUCAGGGAUGAAAUGGAUUGCACAGGGAAUAGCAUGCAGCCCAGCCCACCUCUACUUGGCGACAAUGGAGACAGAGAAGGAUUCCUCAGUGGGAAGGUCAGUUCUGGUAUUCUAAAGAGACCCCAGACUCUAACCCUGCCAGAAGAAACAGUGUUACCAGUGAACUUUCGAACAGAAAAUGGUUGCAGGCGAACAGUCACUUUCAGACAGCAGGUGGCCAACAUCUUGCUAAAUGGAGUCCGUUAUGAUAGCUCACUGACUAGCAGCUCUGAAGUGUCUGACCACCCUCUGUCCAUGAAGCUUCUUUGCUCUUAUAUCUGGCACAUGCCACCAGCACUUCGCCGCUUGUGUACCAAUCACUUUUUGGGUUGGUUGUCCUUUGAAGGAAUGUUGCUGUUUUACACAGAUUUUAUGGGAGAGGUGGUGUAUUCAGGGGAUCCACAAGCACCUCACGAUUCUGAUGAGUAUGAGCGUUACAAUGCCGGUGUCAGCAUGGGAUGCUGGGGGAUGUGCAUCUAUGCCUUCAGUGCUGCCUUUUACUCUGCCAUCCUGGAGAAGCUAGAAGAACGGUUUUCCAUUCGCACUCUCUACUUUUUUGCUUAUCUGGUGUUUGGCCUGGGUACAGGACUGGCUACAAUAUUUACAAACCUCUACAUUCUACUGUCACUUUGCGUCACCUAUGGCAUCCUCUUCUCUUCUCUAUGCACUUUACCAUACUCCCUGCUCUGCGAGUACUACCAGAGCCAGCAGUUUGCAGGCACUGCAGAGGAUGGGACACGUCGUGGGAUGGGUAUUGACAUCUCCUUGCUCAGUUGCCAGUACUUUUUGGCCCAGAUUCUCGUCUCAAUAAUGAUGGCACCUCUCACCUCCCUGGUAGGUGGGGCCAAUGGGGUGAUGUACUUUGCCAGCCUGGUAUCCUUUCUUGGUUGCCUCUACUCAUCACUGUGUGUGAUAUAUGAGCUGCCAGAAGACGACGAGACAGAUAAUGGCGAAGAUCAACCACUGCUUCUCCAGGUGUAGCUUUAUGUAUUGUGUGGGAAGCUUCAUCCAUUCUGCAGGGUCAAAGGUGCUAUAUUAACAAGUAAAAUCUCAUUUUGCAAAGGAGGUGUGGUCCACUCAGGCCAUCCAAGAUUAUCCAGACUGUUCUGUACCGACAGCAUUUACAGGAUGGAUAAUGGGACAUGCAAACAUGAGGACACUUUCUGUGGCUAACAGACAAACUUGCCAUUUUAAUGCACUUAACUUGUAUGCACUUUAAGGCCUGCAUCAUUUAUAAGGUAGUCACUGCAGUGUUGUUAUUCAUCAUCCUCCCCUGGUUUUACUCCUCUCAUUGUCACCAAGGUAAUGUACCAUGCAUUUUCGUCUGUAUCUUGUGUUGCAUCUUUGGACUACUCGCAUACCUUCAGCAUCACAAGUUAGUCAACCAAAACACCUUCAUUAUCAAUAAAUGCUUCUCAUGAC